AUGAGUGGUAAGGAGACACUGAGGUGGGCACCAAUGAGGGACAAUCUGGCUGGUGAGAAUUCAAGAGGUCACAUGGGUUUCAAGCUUUUCAUUUACAACUGGAGACAGGGGACAUUGAUGGUCAUGCUAGGGUGGUUUGGUGACUGGUGGACUGAUUUGAAACAACAAAGCCACAUGCUAGGUUGGUUUGGUGCUCCCAAACAAGUCCUUCCCUUCAUUGAGCAUGAAGUCAAGAAGAACAUGUCCUAA